AUGCAUGAGCCUGAAGGCAACGAGGUCGCAACUCUGGCUGUGGAGAACGUCAUCUGGUUGUACCCCAAACUGGAUUGCCUUGUCUACGACAGAGCAUGCGCUUUCAAGUCAUGUGGGGAGUCGAAUGAGGCCUUGAAUCAGAUCGGCUACUAUGUCGUGGAUGGUUUUCAUUCUCAUGGCUACCGCAAGAAGCUGGAGAAGCGCAUUCACAAAGAGAACACUUCGAUCUGCGAACAGGUCUUCUCGUGGUUCCGCAACUUUUCCCCUAUCAUCAAUGAGAUGCGAGCCCACCGGCACAAAUUCUUCUUGUUGCUUCUGUCCAAGCGUCACAACGAGUCCAUUGAGGCUGGCAACAUUCGGUAUUUGCAUCCAACUCGCCUGCCAAACCUCUUCAAGAAUGCGAAGUCUGUCUCAUACCUAUGUGGCAAGAAGUCCAACACGAAGAAUGCAAUUGGCAAACCCUCGUCUGGCAACAAGAUGGUCAUGAAGGGCAAGUCCAUGAAGACUAAGUCCAUGAAGUACAAGAAGUGA